AUGACUUCCUCGCCACAGGUCUCAAUUCUCGACCGUCUACCAGACGAGACUCUGCAACGUAUCCUUGAAUUUUCUAUGGCACGAGAGUCGCCGUUUUAUAUGGACAACCCAUAUCCCGCAGUGAACAUUAGUUUGAUCCGUAAACGCUGGUAUUUUCCUCCCCCUAUCCUCGAAUCCUCUACUGGUGCUAAAGACCCUCUCUUCACCAAUACUGGCCCCUAUGGCAAUACGCCCUCGCAUCAACGCGAUGCUCAGUCGGUUCACCAGGCUGACUGGAUUGCCAUCAAUUGCACCAACCGACGGAUCCGCCGCCUCGGCAAGCAGUCUUUCUUCAGGGCUAAGGCAAUUGCCAUGGCAGCGGAACUACCAGCACAACUUCAGCGCAACGAUUUCAAGCGCAUGAUGCCAAAUGACCAGGAAGUGGCGGCUAUCUUGUACCCGCGACAUUGUUAUUGUUAA